AUGUUGGUCUCUAAGAUUCUGAAAUCCUUGCUCUUCUGGCCGCUCCUCUCCUCGUCGUUGGCUUCCGGUCUGAACAUUACACAACAGCAAGCUAUCAACAGGAACAGGACGAUAUCCGUCGGCUAUGUCAUCUUCGACGGUUUCGAAGGCCUCGACGUCUGGGGUCCAUUGGAAUGGAUCACCCAAAUGUCCGUCUUCUUCCCCAUGAACCUCUCCACAAUCUCCUACAAAACCGGUCCCGUCCACGCCCGCUAUGCCACUCAUCUCGGCGCCAGCUACGACCAAGUCGUCGGCGGCUCCAUGCUCGCAACCCACACCUUCAGCAACGCACCAGACCUCGACAUCAUCAUCGUCCCCGGGGGCACCGGCGUCCUCAACGCCACACUCGGUAACAGCACGAUCAUCGAGGACUUUCUCAACGCCCGCUUCGACUGCGCAGAGUACCUUCUCGGCGUCUCCUUUGGCGUCACCCAUCUCGCACGCUCCGGCCUCCUCAACGGCAAGAAAGCGACGACGAACAAGAGCGGCUGGACGUGGAUCACCCCGUACGGCAAGGACGUCAAUUGGGUCACGCAGGCGAGAUGGGUCGCAGACGGCAAGAUCUGGACGAGCAGUGGCAUGGCUAGUAGCAUCGAUAUGAUGUACGAAUUCCUCGGCCAGUUCUACGGCAAGGAGGGCGCGCUGAAUUAUAUGACCAAUGUCAUCGAGUAUGCGCCACACACAAAUCCAAACUGGGAUCCCUAUGGCCCCGUUCAUAACGUUCCUGGCGCAAAUGCGACAUCGCCCACGCUGGAUUGUGUGGGGCCUGUUCCGCUGCCAGUACGGAAUUCGUCUGCGAGUUCGUCGAAUCAGAGGUAA